AUGGCUAAAGAUUCUAUAGAUGUUGAUGGUAUUAUGAUGGCAGAAUAUGAUGGCAUGUACUGGCCACGAUUCUGGCCUCGGAGCAGACCCCCUAAAAGCAACAUGAACUGGGAAGAAUGGCAUAGAGAGGUGCAGAAAAUGCCAUGCAGAGAGGAUGAUGUAUGGACUGUUAGCAUGCCAAAAGCAGGUCUUCAUUGGUCUAGCCAGAUCCUGCACAUGUUAAUGACAGGAGAUACAGAAGUAAGGUAUGCUGAAACACAUUUCUUUGAAUUCAACACCCCUGCAGAGACCACUGCUCAGAGCUCUCCUAGGCUCAUACAAACACACAUACUACCAAAGUACAUGCCAAAAGAUGUAUGGAGUAAGAAAAACAAGAUUUUGCUGAUUUUGCGUAAUCCGAAAGAUCAACUUGUAUCUUUCUAUCAUCAUAUAAGAUCUUCAGAAAAAUUGAAAACAGAGGAUGAUGGCAUCAAUAGAUUCUAUCAACGGUUUGUCAAUAAAACAUUGCCUUAUGGAGACUUCUUUGACUUCUAUGAUCUUUGGUGGAAAAAGUUCAAAACAUGUGACCAUGUAAAGCUUGUUACAUACGAGCAAUUAAAAAAGGAGUUUAUCAAAACAGUCAGAGAUAUAAGUGAGUUCUUAGGUAAACCAAUAACAGAAGAUUUCCUGGAGAAGAUGGCACAUGUUUGUUCCAUAGAAAACAUGCAAAAGAACAAAGAAAUUCUUGAUACACCAGAUAUAUGGGAGGAUGAAAAAGGCACAAUGUAUAGAAAAGGUCAAGUGGGUGACUGGAAGAAUCACUUCACAGUUGCAACAAAUGAACAGUUUGACAAAAUUAUACAGGAGAGAGUCAACAAAGACUGGGACUUUAAGAUCAUAUAUGAAUAA